AUGUCGGCAAACGAGCAUACUGAUUACCUGAUGGCGGCUGAUGGAGAACCGCGUACAGCGCAUCCACCACCACACGGCUCACUAGAGCCGAUGCAAAGCCGAGAUUGCGAGUGCGAAUACACGAUGUGCGAAUACAGAGCAGGAUUAGAAACGGGAUGGUUUCUAAUCAGUAAGAAUCUGACGGCAUCCAGUCGCCCCGCCCGGGAAUGCCGGUGCCAAGAAAUCUGGAACCGUAUCGUUGCUGAGUAUGCCAUGGUGAGACAUCUUCACACUAUAGGAUAUCCUGUAAGACAUUUUCCAAGAGCUAACAAGUUCAUGAAUACUAGUUUUACCUUCCUCGAUCCUUACAUAAAUGACAUAAAGGAUUCCGAUAUACCGCAUAACAUAUAUGAUAUAUACCGUAAAAGGUUUUCUAUUACUGGGUCAAUAAUGAAAGCUAACUGCUCUGUCGCUGCUGGCCCCUCAAGUGGCCGUAACAAUUCUGCUUUGGCAUCUGGCACUCCUGAGACUGGUAAAUCGGAGGCAGCUGGUACCAUCAGUGCAUCAGGUGCAGUUGCCACCGCAGGUCCUUCAGGUCCUCCUAAUAAAUCAAGCGCCCUUGGGACUGAGUCUGGCUCUCGCGCCACGCAGUCUAACGCCCCGGCUAAAUCUAGUACAUCUGCUAAGUCAAGCGCCUCUGGCAAGACAGAUAAACCCAAGGUAGGUUUGUCUCCAACAUCCGAUGCUAAAAAAUCUGCUUCCCAUAGCAAGUCUGGAAAAUCUGACUGCAAAUCAAAAUCUGGCGUCUUCCGCCCCACGGGCCCACAUUUCACGACGCGUUUUACGCCCGCGGUGUACGCGGUUGUAUGCGGCUCCCGCUGUACCGGCGGGCAACUAGUAGAAUCGCGCGGGCCGCGGUUACCCGCAGCCUCGGCGGGUGGCACCCGCGCGCUUUGCGAUCGGUUGGCGAGCGACCGCGGGGGCCGGCGGGUCUUCUGUGAAGCAACCCUUACCACGGGUGUCCGGACGGCCCUUUGCUCGAGUUCCGUAGACUCGCGCUUACGGUGGAUGACGAUCCCCGACGCCGACGAUUCAAACGUGAGGGAGUGUAGGCAAAAGUACCUACUUAGUAUUAUUGUGACUGUUAAAAGACUAUCGUCAAAUUACACAGAACUGCUUGACUGGCAGAUCAGUCACCAGACCUGA